ACAUUUGAACUAUUUCAAGGACACAUCUGCCAAAAAUUCAAAUCCAAAUAAUUCAAAUUUCGUAUUUUGAAAAUCAUUUGCGUUACAAGUAUGAGCAAUAAAAAAGUAACAGUUGAUUCUAUCGGUACUGGAGUCAAUUAUAAUAAGGAUAUAUGUGGUAUUCUGUUGGAGUUGGCUGAAUAUGAAAGGAACACAAACAGGAAUAUUUUUAAAUAUGAAGCCUACAAAAAAGCAGCUGCAGUUCUAGCCUCCCAUCCAAGAAGAGUAAGCUCGGGGGCUGAAGCUUCAAAACUGAAAGGAAUCGGGGCUAAAAUAGCAAAGAAAAUUGAUGAGUUUUAUGAAACUGGGAAACUGGAAAAGCUAGAGAAUAUACAUAAAGAUGAUAGGAGUCAAGCUAUAAACCUGCUUGCCGGUGUCUCUGGAAUUGGUCCAGCGAAAGCACAAAGCUUGGUGGAUGAAGGUAUAACAACCAUUGAGCAAUUGCGAAAGAAUCUCGAUAAACUGACUCACCAUCAACAGAUAGGUUUAAAGUACUAUGAAGAUUUUCAAAAGAAAAUUCCAAGAGAAGAAAUAAAAGAGAUUGAGACUAUAAUAAGGAAACACGUCUCAGAACUUGAUAAAGAUUUUGUUAUAACUAUUUGUGGAAGUUAUAGGAGAGGAAAACCGGAAAGUGGGGAUAUAGAUACUCUUAUAACUCACCCCUCUUAUACUAAUACUAAGAAAAGGAAGAAAUCAGAACCUGGGGGUUUACUUACCAAAAUAGUUGAUGUUUUAAAAGAAUGUGGACUUAUCACUGAUACUCUAUCCCUUGGUGAAACUAAGUUCAUGGGGGCAUGUAGGCUGAAUCCAAAUUCUAUAACGAGAAGGUUGGAUAUCAGGCUUCUUCCUCAGGAUCAGUAUUAUUGCGGAGUUUUAUAUUUCACCGGAUCUGAUAUGUUCAAUAAAGCCAUGAGAGCUCAUGCUUUAGAGCACGGUCAUACCAUUAAUGAAUACUGUGUUAGGCCCAUUGGUAGUUUAGGAACACCUGGAGAAGCUGUACCUAUACAUUCAGAGGAAGAAAUUUUCGAAUAUAUACAGUUUCCUUACAAGAAACCAGAAGAAAGGAAUUAUUAAUAAAGAAAUCAUAGUCAG